CAGUUAACCUCGAAUGAGGAACAAGCGGGGAGGGAAGGGAGGGGCUGCGGCGGCGUUAGCACAGCCCGCCGAACCCGGGGCCGGGAGCGGCGAGGUCACGUAACCGCUGCUCUGGCGACCGGCCGGCCCUCCUGGCAGCCCGAGCCCGCCUGGCCGCGCUGCGGCUCCGAAACAGUUACCGGCUCGUAAACAACAGCUGCGCGCGCACCCGCAUCAGCUGGCGCCGGGAUCCCACACCUGCGACCUCCGCGCGUCAUCGCCGCCCCCUCCUGCACUGCCAGCCAGGACCAGCCUUCGAGGCUGUCUCCUCUUUUGCUAGGACUCGACCUGCGCCAGGGACCUGGUAGGGGCGAAAGCGUCUCCUGGCGAAGGGUUGGCCUGUCCUGUCACACGCAGGAGAAACGUAGCGAACGGACCUUGGGCUCGAUGGACUAGCAGCGACUGGCCACGACCCUGAGCUGCCGUCCGAGGUGUCCGCUAGCUUCUCUUCCCACAUCCCAGGGACCUUUCUGCCAGAAGAGCGGGUGGGCCGCCCCCGCAGACCUCUGAGAGGCAGGAAUCCGCUCUGCCCCAGCAUCCUCCUCUGCUCACCCUUCUCUCCGCAUUCUCCUCCGUCCUCGUGUGGGAUAUCUUUCCCGUUAUGCAUGCGCACCUCUCCCACCAGACCCAACUGGAUUAUCGGCCUCAAAAACCUCGGGUGGCUCUACUGCACACACCUCCUCCCAGCCAGACCUGUGGGGUAUUCACCUGAUAGACAACAGGUGGCCCGUACCGUUUUUUUCAAUCUCUCUGCUGUAUCUGCAUCAUCAGGGUGGACCUGUGUGCACUUGGCUCAACUAAAUCCGUGAGACAUUUACCAGAUAAAGGACUAACAACCUUGGCCGACACCUGGGGGUCGGAGGAAGCAAGGCUUCGCCUGCUUCUCUCAGAUCAUGGCACUGAGCCCGCAGCCCUGGAUCAGGAGACAUAGCUAGCUAGCUCUUCAUUCUGAAGGAACGAAGUUACACGAGAUUGGCAUCGUUUUGUCUUUUUUUUUUCUUAAAUAUUUUUCAGCUACUCGUAGUGCACUUUCUAGGACAGUCUGCUUGAAUUCUGAGUAUAAAGAUUCUUAUUUGGGGCUCUGUGUGAUGUAAAUCAAGGUAAUUGGUGUGGUGUGUGUUUUUUUUUUAAGUUAUCCUAUUUUUGCCAUCAAAAGCAGCUAGCGUUGGAGGAAGGAUUUUGCGGGUUUUUCCCUUGUGCCCUUUUAAAGGAAAAGAAAAAGAAAAAUGCAUCCUCCAGAAACCACCACCAAGAUGGCUUCAGUUCGGUUCAUGGUGACACCAACAAAGAUUGAUGAUAUUCCAGGUUUGUCAGACACCAGCCCAGACCUCAGCUCCAGAUCCAGUUCCCGAGUAAGAUUUAGCUCCCGGGAGAGUAUGCCUGAAACGAGCCGUAGUGAGCCUAUGAGUGAGAUGUCUGGAGCCACCACUUCACUGGCAACUUUGGCACAGGAUCCAGCCAGUGACCGGACUUCUAACCCCCAGGAUGUUACUGAGGAGCCAAGUCAGAACUCCAUCACAGGGGAACACAGCCAGCUGUUAGAUGAUGGCCGUAAGAAAGCUCGAAAUGCUUAUCUCAAUAAUUCCAAUUAUGAAGAAGGAGAUGAAUAUUUUGAUAAAAACUUGGCACUCUUUGAGGAAGAAAUGGACACCAGACCAAAGGUGUCUUCUCUCCUCAACCGCAUGGCUAAUUACACUAAUCUGACUCAAGGAGCAAAGGAACAUGAAGAGGCAGAGAACAUCACUGAAGGGAAAAAGAAGCCCACCAAGACCCCCCAAAUGGGUACCUUCAUGGGUGUCUACCUCCCAUGUCUACAAAAUAUUUUUGGAGUGAUCCUGUUUCUACGCCUUACGUGGGUGGUGGGCACAGCUGGAGUUCUUCAGGCCUUUGCAAUUGUCCUUAUUUGUUGCUGCUGUACAAUAUUGACUGCUAUCUCUAUGAGUGCCAUUGCAACUAAUGGAGUGGUGCCAGCUGGGGGCUCAUACUUCAUGAUUUCCCGGGCACUGGGCCCAGAGUUUGGUGGAGCUGUUGGCCUCUGCUUCUAUCUUGGAACCACAUUUGCAGCAGCCAUGUAUAUCCUUGGUGCCAUUGAAAUUUUUCUGGUAUACAUUGUCCCCCGGGCUGCCAUCUUCCGUAGCGAUGAUGUACUCAAGGAAUCAGCAGCCAUGCUAAAUAACAUGCGUGUCUAUGGCACAGCCUUCUUAGUGCUCAUGGUAUUGGUGGUCUUCAUCGGCGUGCGCUACGUGAACAAGUUCGCCUCACUUUUUUUGGCCUGUGUCAUUGUGUCCAUCUUGGCUAUCUACGCAGGAGCCAUCAAGUCGUCUUUUGCCCCUCCACACUUCCCGGUCUGCAUGCUGGGUAACCGCACCCUUUCAUCAAGACACUUCGACACUUGCUCUAAGACCAAGGAGAUGAACAACAUGACAGUACCGUCAAAGUUAUGGGGCUUCUUCUGCAACUCAAGUCAGUUUUUCAAUGCCACCUGUGACGAAUACUUUAUUCACAAUAAUGUCACGUCAAUCCAGGGCAUUCCUGGAUUGGCUAGUGGUGUCAUUAAAGAGAAUCUCUGGAGUAAUUAUCUACUAAAGGGUGAGAUCAUUGAAAAGCCCUCUGCCAAAUCUGCUGACGUCUUAGGCAACUUAAACCAUGAGUAUGUCCUCGUUGACAUUACCACCUCCUUUACUCUUCUGGUGGGGAUCUUCUUUCCCUCUGUCACAGGUAUCAUGGCUGGAUCAAACAGAUCUGGAGAUCUAAAAGAUGCUCAAAAGUCUAUUCCCAUUGGCACUAUCCUCGCCAUCCUGACCACCUCCUUUGUCUAUUUAAGCAAUGUUGUCCUUUUUGGUGCAUGUAUUGAAGGCAUUGUUCUCAGAGACAAGUUUGGGGAUGCUGUGAAAGGGAAUCUGGUGGUAGGUAUCUUAUCGUGGCCAUCCCCGUGGGUCAUCGUUAUUGGCUCCUUCUUCUCGACAUGCGGGGCUGGACUUCAGAGUCUCACAGGGGCCCCGCGGCUGCUCCAGGCUAUCGCGAAGGAUAACAUCAUACCCUUUCUGAGGGUUUUUGGUCACAGCAAAGCCAAUGGGGAGCCUACCUGGGCUUUACUUCUGACUGCUGUCAUUGCAGAGCUGGGAAUCCUUAUCGCUUCUCUGGAUCUUGUGGCCCCAAUUCUUUCCAUGUUUUUUCUCAUGUGUUACCUCUUUGUGAAUUUGGCAUGUGCCUUGCAAACAUUACUUCGAACACCCAAUUGGAGACCCCGAUUCCGCUACUACCACUGGACCCUCUCUUUUAUGGGAAUGAGUAUCUGUCUGGCUCUGAUGUUCAUUUCAUCCUGGUAUUAUGCCAUCGUAGCUAUUGUAAUAGCUGGUAUGAUCUAUAAGUACAUUGAGUACCAAGGAGCUGAGAAAGAAUGGGGUGAUGGUAUCCGUGGGCUAUCCCUCAGUGCAGCCCGGUUUGCUUUGCUUCGGCUGGAGGAAGGACCUCCUCACACGAAAAACUGGAGGCCUCAGUUGCUCGUAUUGCUGAAACUAGAUGAAGAUUUACACGUCAAACAUCCUCGCCUCCUCACCUUUGCUUCCCAGCUUAAAGCAGGAAAGGGCCUCACUAUUGUGGGCUCUGUCAUUGUGGGGAACUUCCUGGAGAACUAUGGUGAAGCUUUAGCUGCUGAACAGACCAUAAAGCACCUAAUGGAGGCAGAGAAGGUGAAAGGAUUCUGCCAGCUGGUGGUGGCUGCCAAGCUGAAAGAGGGUAUUUCCCACCUCAUCCAGUCUUGUGGCCUUGGAGGCAUGAAGCACAAUACAGUGGUGAUGGGAUGGCCUCAUGGCUGGCGCCAGAGCGAAGAUUCUCGAUCUUGGAAGACUUUUAUUGGCACAGUUCGAGUGACAACUGCUGCCCAUCUGGCCCUGCUAGUGGCGAAAAACAUCUCGUUCUUUCCCAGCAACGUGGAGCAAUUUUCUGAGGGCAACAUUGACGUGUGGUGGAUUGUGCAUGAUGGGGGGAUGCUCAUGCUGUUACCAUUCCUACUUAAACAGUACAAGGUAUGGCGCAAAUGCAACAUACGGAUCUUCACAGUAGCCCAGCUAGAGGACAACAGUAUUCAGAUGAAGAAGGACCUGGCCACCUUCCUGUAUCACCUGCGCAUUGAGGCAGAGGUGGAAGUGGUGGAGAUGCACGACAGUGACAUAUCAGCUUACACUUAUGAACGCACUCUGAUGAUGGAGCAAAGGUCCCAGAUGCUCCGGCACAUGCGACUCUCCAAAACAGAGCGGGACAGAGAGGCACAGUUGGUGAAAGACCGGAAUUCAAUGCUACGACUGACCAGCAUUGGCUCUGAUGAGGAUGAAGAGACAGAAACCUAUCAGGAGAAGGUGCACAUGACUUGGACGAAAGACAAGUACAUGGCAUCCCGGGGGCAAAGGGCCAAGUCAAUGGAAGGAUUCCAGGACCUGCUUAACAUGCGUCCGGACCAGUCCAAUGUGAGGCGGAUGCAUACAGCAGUGAAGCUCAAUGAGGUCAUAGUUAACAAGUCCCAUGAAGCAAAGUUGGUUUUGUUGAAUAUGCCAGGGCCACCCCGAAACCCUGAGGGUGAUGAAAACUACAUGGAGUUCCUGGAAGUGCUCACCGAGGGACUAGAGCGAGUCCUCCUUGUCCGAGGUGGUGGCAGUGAAGUGAUCACCAUUUAUUCGUAAUUUCCUCCCGAAUGACUCUGCUUGGCUUCAUGUUUCCCAAAAGGCUUCCAUCCUCCAUGAGUGCCAGCUCUUUACUACCAGUCCCACUAACUAGAGGCCUGUGUCCUAUACACAUCAUCUGAGUGAAUUCUUGACAAGCUGAGCCUCAAGUACUUGUGCAAAAACGUCACAGUUCUGCUUUUUGCUCUCAUAUCAUCUGCCCCCCUUACAGAAGCAAAUAUUCCCUCAACAUUAGAAAAAUGGUCAAUUACUAAAGCCAUGUCUGUACCAGCUGAAGGCAAGUUAGAAUUAACAAGCUAACCAAUAAAAUGAGUUGUCAGAAGGCAUACCAGAAAUUCAACUGAAGACAAAAAGCAAGUACAUAUCCAGCAUUAAAGAUUGAGUCUCGGAAGUCAUGGUUCAACAGAGAAAAAACAUCAUCAUUCUAAGGCAUUCAUGGCCAAGUGUAUGGGGACCUAACAUCCUGGUGAAGAUGACCUAUGGCAAACCAAGAUGAAAACCUUUUUAAGCUAAUUUUCUUGAGUGUAUCCACUGCUUUGCAGGACUCUAAUUUUAAAUUAGGGUACUGAUAUACAAAAUCUGAAAUAUGGCUGCAGCUUCUACUUCGUCCUCCAAAACAAGAUUUCCCCCAAAAAGCAGUGUAUGUACACAUACUGGGUUGUUGUAUAUUUCAGCUUUUGGUUUUCAAACCCCUUAAUCUCUGUGAUUAAGAUUGUAAUGUAGGCAGUGUUAACAUGGAAAUUUUUAAACAGUAGAGUAAAAAUUAUUUCUUUCAGGUACUUUUCAAAUGGCCAAAUUAAGGAAAUUCUAAGAUAGCUAUUAAGAAUUACUGGAAUAUAAUCUGGUUAUCUGUGUGAAAAGGGCAAAACAUACAAGCUGUUUUCUAAGAAAUAUAAUGUACACUGACCAAUAGGUUCACCUUUCCUUCUCUCUUUUAUGUCCUCUGGGUUAGUAGACACAGGUCAAAAAUCACAGGAACAAACACUAGGAAGCCUGGCUAAAAUUCUUUCCUAAAAGGUUUCUAUCUUUCCAAGGGGAAAUCCAGCAAUGGAAUUUGAAGUUCUAGAGCCGUAUUCCUUCAGUAGUGCCAAAGUUAUUAAGAUGCUGCUACUCGCUUACCUACUUCACUAAGGUGGCAUACAAAUGGCAUUGGCCUAUUCAAGUAACUUCUUUCACUAAGAAACCUGUGGACUCAUUUCUAAAGCCAUAGUGAAGACUUGAGGCACUCGCCUAAAUGCCAAGUAUGCCCAUUUUCCUUUCCAUUUUAAUUCUGCAUUCUGACUGCAGAAACUUGGCUCUAAACUAGGAGACUGUCCAAGCCAACAGUCUUCUGCUAUUUCAGUUUUGCUUUAGAACUUUAAGUAUGUUACGGAAAUACUUAUGCAAGCUUAGCUUAUUUGCUAAUUUAUUGAUCACAAAAACACCUGUUUUCCAAGCAUAAUGAAAUUAUUCUGUGUGACUAAAUGGUAAUUUCAAAUAUAUGUAGAUGGGUUAUUUAGAAAAACUAUUUGCCUAUAUUUUUGGCUUUACAGUUUCACUUUACUGAUCAAUAGUGGCACUUUUUCGAUUACCCAUUAGGAUAUGGAGCAAGCUGACCUAGGUACCAGCAGACUAUUCAUUUGACCUUUACAGAGAAAACCCUUCAAUAUGACUUAAGAAAUUGAGUCAUUUCAAUGUAUUCCUUUUACUUUUCUUUCAACCUUCAGGCCGUCAUGGUAGCAAAGCAGACAGAAUUUUGUCUUUUAUUCUGCUCCUUCCUACAGAGGAUAGAAGCAUUAUUUACUGCUUCCAUUGCAACACUCCAUUGUUUAGUUGAGUCCAGCAGUAGGACAGGUUCCCCAGGAUUCAAAAUAUUGAAGAUCCAUGCUCUAAAAGUCUGCCUGCCCAGGAAUUCCUCUACAUUUACACAUACCUUCUGGCUAAAGUGAUAUUUAUAUGUAUUUCCAUAUGGGGAAAAAUAUUGGUGGAAUUAAGGUUAGUUUUAAAAGCAUUUUGUGGUUAGAGCUCUAUAAGAUUCUUUUAAAGGGAUAAGGGAAUUCAUGGCUAUUAAUAUAGCCACUACUUCAGCCCCUAAAUACAAAAUCAUUGUUACGUGGGAAAAUGGUUAUUAGGCCAGAUUUAAACUCAUCUCUACCUAGAGCAUUUCAUGUCUCUGUGUUGCUUAUGUUGUUUGUCUACAAAGUAUCUUGUCUCCUUUAAUCACUGCAAAUAAAGCAAUACGGAAAACUUAAUGAGAAUGCACCUUAGGGGAAGGGGUUUUGUGUUUCAAGAAGGAAGAGAAAGAAAAGACCUCCUCCUGCCUUUUGAAUAAGAUCCAACUUUUAAGUCUUAGCUAUGACUUUACCAGGGCAGGUUAUGAUAACAUACAUUUUCCAAUUACUGGCCCUCUGCCUUCUAUAGCUUUCUUAAAAGCUGAAGUUUGAACUGCAGCAUCUGUUUGACAGGUACCAGGUUCCUCUUGGCAGGGGAAAGAUGCCUACUUUGUACCUUCCAUUGCCUCAGAUUCCUGUGGCCCCAAUGAUUCCUCCAAUCCUCAUUCCCCCUAAAUGUAUUAAAAAUCCGUUGUGGAUAUUAAAGUAGCAACUUACUGUAAUUAUAUUUAUGUGCUUUUUGUCUGGUUUAUUUUUCUUUUCAUCAUGUAUAAUCAGAAUCCAGCAUUAGUUUCUCACACCUUCCACAAGUGUCUCCAACAGAAGUUUUAUGUCCGAGCUUAUGUUAAAUAGAAGUGAAAUAUUAAGGAAAACAGAUUUAAGGGAAACCUAUAUAAUAUUUUUAAAGCACUGUUCUUGACCAUUUAAUUUAUUGAAAGGAGAUGCUGCUGUGGUUCUUGGUUUAGCAGCAACUAUUCUUUUGUUUACAUAGUUACGGUUUUAUUUGUUGUUUUGCUCUAUACUGAAAACAUAAAUAAAGUUUUCUACAUUAUUUUCAGUCAA